AUGUCUGGCAAGAAUAGAUUGAACAUCUUUCCAACCAGAAUGGCCUUGACAACCAUGAAGGCCAAGUUAAAGGGUGCCAUCACAGGUCACUCGCUGUUGAAGAAGAAGAGUGAUGCCUUGACAAUCCGUUUCAGAAAGAUUCUAGCUAACAUUGUCGAGAACAAGCAGCUCAUGGGUGCCACCAUGAGAGAGGCCUCCUUCUCACUGGCCACCGCCAAGUAUGCAGCUGGCGACUUUAGUAACUCUGUCAUUGAGAAUGUCACCAACGCUACCAUCGCCGUCAAGAUGCAAACUGAGAACGUUGCUGGUGUCCAUCUACCAACAUUCGAGAAGGUCUCAGAAGGUGUUGUUAGCAAUUCGCAAGAGCUUACUGGUCUGUCAAAGGGAGGUCAACAGAUUUCAAAGUCUAGAGAGUCACAUGUUAAGGCACUGGAGGCUUUGAUCAUUCUUGCGUCGUUGCAGACAGCCUUUAUCACAUUGGAUGAGGUGAUCAAGAUCACAAACAGACGUGUCAAUGCUAUUGAGUACGUCGUCAAGCCUCGCCUGGAAAACACCAUCAGCUAUAUCAUUACAGAGCUCGACGAGACUGAGAGAGAGGAGUUUUACCGUUUGAAGAAGGUGCAGGGCAAGAAGAAGAAGGAUCUCAAGAUCAAGGAGGCCGGCAAGGAGGCUGAUGCCCUGACUGCCGCCGCGUUUGCCGCCGCCGCCGCCGCCAAGCCCGUCAAGGUCAGAAGCAUGAUCGAGGAUGAGCAGGAGGAGGAGUUGACCUACGAGUAA